AUGAAGCAAGGCAUUCAAGAGUUGUCACGGUGUCACACUACCAACCACAUAGAACUUUCACCGAAAUUUAGAGAGGUUGGGGGGGUUGAGGAGGAGCAGAGCGCAGGUGGUGUGGUGGUGGGCAAUGGGGAGAGCUUCUGUCGUGAUUUGCAUUACAAUGGGGAGGGAGGGCCGGCGCAUGACCCCUUUUUGAGGCGCCUCAAAGAUGGGGAGGGAGGGCCGGUGCACAGUCUUUCACAGGCGAGGAUGGCAGCACCAAUGGGGCCCAGCAUGGCCAUUGCUCUGACUGACUGCUGUGCUGGAUCCGAUGCUUCUGGUUUUGAUACCCAGCCGGAUGUGAUGCUGCUGCAGCAACUGUGGCAGCAGCAGCGGCGGCGGCGGCAGCAGCAGCAGCAAGAGCAAGGGCAACAGCAGCAGCAGCAGCAGCAGCAGCAAGAGCAAGGGCAACAGCAGCAGCAGCAGCAGCAAGAGCAAGGGCAACAACAGCAGCAGCAGCAGCAGCAGCAGCAGCAGCAGCAAGAGCAAGGGCAACAGCAGCAGCAGCAGCAGCAGCAGCAGCAGCAGCAACAGCAGCAGCAGCAUCAAGAGCAAGUGCACCCGUCAGAGCAGAUGGAACAAGUGACCACGCUGUUGCUGUCGCUGAAUGAUUCCUCCUUACAGAGCAACAACAGAGCAUGCACAAACAUUGGUGUAGACGGUUCUGCCUCAGCCAUGCUUGAGACCUUCUUCGCGAAUCUCCCUUCCACUCUCCCUUCCACUCUCCCUUCCACUCUCCCUUCCACUCUCCCUUCCACUCUCCCUUCCACUCUCCCUUCCACUAUCCCUCCCACUCUCCCUUGCACUCUGCCUACCACUCUCGAUCCCAAUUUCCCUCCCACUCUCCCUCUCACUCUCCCUGAAUCUCCCUUUCUUUUUCCACCUGUCCCAACCACGUGUGCCUCAGACCCUCUAACAGCCACCCGCCGUGACACGCAAGUGGUGCAGGAGGAGCAGCAGCAGCAGCAGCAGCAGUGGCGGCGGCAGCAGCGGCGGCGGCAGCAGCAGCAGCAGCAGCAGCUAGAUCCUCCCAGCUCCUCAAGCAAGUUCCAGCACUAUGCUGUUAACACGCCAGCGCCAGCAGCAGCUCAGCCCUGGACCCCACAAAUGCCACUGCUGACCGGCAAUUCACCCAGUGCAGCAGCGAUGGAUGAUAGGGGUAUGCAGGAAGGGAAAUGCGGUGCAGAUCAGCUCGCAGCGUUCCCAGCCGUAGCAGGGGAUGGAGUGAGUGGUUCUUUGGCCCAGGAGGAGAUGCCUGGGCCCGUGAUUCCUGCAGCAGUGUUAGAGUUCCUGGGGGGAGCGAGCACCAUCCGAGUUUCAGACUUUGCAGCCGAUGAUGUGCGAAACGAGCUGCAAUUGUGGCUCGAGGGCGCAGCUUAG